CGAAUGGACAGAUGGACACAUCUCAAUCAAUCUUUUGCCAUUGGAAAUAAUGAAGAAAUCGAUUAGUUUUAUUUGUGAAGAGACAAGCUCUUGGACUUAGUUCAUAUUAUGCCAUUUAGUUUCCUUCAGUUUUUGAAUAAUUAAAGAUUUUGUCUUUAUUUGGGAAAUUAAAUAAGUUUACUAAAUUUCAAGUGAGUUGUUUUUAUGUUUACUAUGCACGAUACUGUAAUGAAGCCAACGGAGCCAGUGUGCAACAGAAGUCUUAUAUGCAAGAAAAACUUAUCAAAUUUAACCUAGUUAACAAGUUCUCCCUUCAAUAGAUUGAAUGCGUCAUUUCCUUUUCGAGUUGCUGUCAACUGCAGUUGAUAAUGGUCAGUUGUCCUCAGUAUAUUCGCUAUUCAAGUGUGAUUAUCAAGUUCGUUUCAGUUUAAGUGAACGACGUGCUACUAGCAAAAUGAAGCUGCUUCUGUUUGUUGUAUCAAUUUUUUUCUGUUUGAAACAUGCUAGUUUACAACAUCAGCAUCAAGAACGGAAUUUAGAAGAGCAAAUACACAAUCUACAAGACCAAGUGAAAAUACAACGGCAAUUUUUAAAAGAGAUGUAUUCUAAGUUCUAUCUUAACUCGUCCAAAAAAUCAUUUAAAAAUGAGUAUUUAUCGGAAAGAGGAAAAAAACCAUAUUGGCGGUACCAGAAUUUGGAUAAAGAAGUGAACUCUGUGGAUGAGAAGAUGCCCAAAAUGUAUAAAACUAUGAGUUUACAUGUAAUGGCAGAUUUUAAAGAAUAUAUACGGAGUAAACCUGAUGAAGGAAUCAUCUGUUUUGUUCGAAAUUGUCUUCGUCAGAUUUUUGAAUGGAACGUUUCAAAUAUUGUGGCGAAUGUAAUGUAUGUGGAACAAAAACAAAAACAAGAUGCGAAACAAAUGGGCCAGAUGCAGUAUGAAUUUAAUCGGGAGGACUAUAACGAAUGUCUUGAAAUAUUUGUAGAAGAUUUAACCAAGAUCCUGGCACCAGAAAUUGCUUAUCGACUAAUUAGUUUGCACCGAAUAAUAUACGGAAAUCAAACAGAAAUUCAAACAGCUUUGACUUAUCUGUAUGGCUUUUCAUCUGCAACAGAUUUGCCAACGAAUGUAAAAGGAUCGGCGUAAUGAAAUAAAAAAAUCAAAUUAACGAAUGGUUCAUUUUUAAAGCUUUUGAUAAUAGUAUAUUUGGUCAAUGGUCAUCAUCAAUACAAAAAUUUACUGUUGAUUUUUAUUAUGAAGAGAAUUCAAUUUAUUAUACACCAUGAUCACUUGAAAAAGGCAUCAAAUUAAUUUAAUAUGUACUCAUAAAGUCGCGCCACGGCAUUUUCGAGAUGUGGCGACGCAUGUUCACGUCAUUCCCGAACAUAGCAAUCGUGCAAUGUAUAAGCUAUAU